UGAAGUCUUCGCCCCGUACAAAUCCCGCAGUCUUUCCUCUCCGACGCGUUCCCCCACGAUUUACGCGUCUAGCCAACCUCCCUGGCCACGUCGACGCGUUGACGGAAUGACACGAAUACGUAGGGAUCCACCGGAGACCAAGCAUAGGCGUCGCACCGGUACACCUCCGCAGCCUGGGGCACUGGCGGUCAAGCGAGUAGACCUCGGGAGGACAAAGCUCCCUUUCCCCAAGGUCGUCGACAUCGCUGGUCUGAAGCUCAACCCCUCCCCGGUGCUGGCCACGUUCUUCGCUUUCGUGUCAGAGCGCCACCAGGUCUUCUGCAGACGUUUGGCCGGAGAACCCCAGUCAGAGUGGACGCAAGAUCCGAUACUGCAACAAUAUCCGUUCACUAACGUCUUCCGUGUCUUUGACCGUGUCACGCAGUAUAUUCUGCUCGAGGUCGUCCGGAAGGGCGACCAAGCUCUGCACGAGCAGUGUUUCCGGCUGAUGCUCUUCCGCUCGUUCAACAAGGUCGAGACAUGGGAGUAUCUACUCGAGAAGAUCGGCGACUUGACGUGGCGUGACUUUGAUCUCGUCGCGUACGAAAAGGCCUUGCUGACUCGACAGCAGCAGGGAAUCCCCCUCUACAACCCCGCGUAUAUCAUCCCGUCCCCGAAACUUGGAGCGAGUGCGGCCGCGUCGAACCACCUGAGACUCAUCCAGCUCAUGAUGGAGGAAGACCUACCGUCGCAGCUGCAAGAGCUCGAGCACCUGAAAGACGCGCACGGGCGAAUCAUGCUGUUCCCAGGCAUGGGCGAGUUCAUGGCCCUUCAGCUCCUCCUCGAUCUAAACAUGACGUCCCACUUCAACUACUCCGAGGACGAAUGGGUCGCCCUCGGCCCGGGCUCCCUCGAGUGCCUCCGCAAAAUGUUCGGCCCAGACGUCCGCGGCCACGAGCUCGACGCGCUCCGCUGGCUGCACCAGACCCAGCACGAGCACUUCGCCCGCCUCGGCACGCCCCCCGACCGCGUCCCCCAGCUCGUGCGCGGGCGCGCCGCGGGCCUCAGCAUGGUCGACAUGGAGCACGCCCUGUGCGAGUGCGAGAAGUACUCGCGCGCGGCCCACCCGACCAUCCAAGGCCGCCGCCAGCGCGUCGGCAAGCGCCAGUUCGCCCCGCGCCCCGCGCCCAUCACCGCCGAGGUGCCCGCGCACUGGCUCGACGCGCGCAGCAGGCGGCGCACGGUGUACGCGGAGCCGCCGCCGGUCGAGCUCGACGGGCUCGUCGUGUACGAGGUGUCGCACAUCGUCGCGGAGAGGAAGAACUCGCAGGCGGGGGAUCCGGCGUACCUCAUCCGCUGGGUCGGCUGGGGCCCGGACGACGACACGUGGGAGCGCGAGAGCACGCUCGCAGACGGGGCGCCCGACGUGCUCGCGGAGUGGACGUCUGCGAAGGCGAGGAUCAGAGCACGCGUGCAGGAGUUCCAGGAGAUGGGUGCGCGUUAUAGGCCGUCGCUCGGGACGCAGGCUAGGAAAGGAACAGAGACAGUCUGAGCGUCGUGCUGCACUUGAUACGCAGCUUCCGGUCGAGUUCUUACUUCGCUUUCACAUCGCUCUCGUACAUCGCUUGGCUGUCCUUGUUAAGACUUACGAUAUCGUUUGCCGUUUCACCCCGCCGCACCUUAAGGUGUCGUGGCUUACCAUCACGCUUAUAAUAUAGCCACCAGUGUUAGUCACUGAUAACGCG